AUGGAGUCUGAGUGGCAGCACCGUUGUAUAGCCUAUCGCUUUGUGGCCUACUCGGCGGUCGCCUUCUCGGUGGUCGCCAUUCUUGGGGCCGCCACUACUCUCCCCAUGGUGUACAACUAUGUCCACCAUGUUCGUCGCGCCAUGCAGAGCGAACUUAGCUUCUGCAAGACCUCCGCUCGCGAAAUUUGGUCCGAAGUCAGUGGCAUGAAAGUACCUGCCAAUCGUACCGCUCGUAAUGCAUACGGAGAUGAACCAGGAACAGGAGACUGGGCCUCUGGUGGAAGUGGUGGCAGCGGAGGAACAGGUGGUGGCGGAAGCCGUCCAGGUGGUGGUGGAUGGGGAAGCGGAGGCAGCGGUGGAGGAUCAGGCGGUGGUGGAGGCCGUACAGGAGGUUGGGGAAGCGGUGGAGGCGGAGGU